AUGCCCAAACCCACAAUGUCUAACAGCACCAAAGCUCCUCCCCCUUCACCUCUUCGCCCCCAAAUACCUCCAGGUAGCCCUAACCACACAAACCCUCCGCAGCCCGUUACAAUGGAACAGCUGCAAGAACUUUUCAUGGAUGUUCUUUGUCAAGCCAAGCAGUCAUCAGAUUCUUCAACACCAAUCGAAGAUACGGAGUAUUCAUCUUCAGAUCAAAAACCUGGCUAUGAUCACCCAUGCACUCGCCACUGUCCGUGGAGAGCGUGUGUCUUACAACCAUCUGGAGCAGGCCGUGGCAUCGAAUGA